AAAAAUUGAGAGCAAAUUAUGAACUAAUACAACAGAAAAACACCCUGGAGUCAUAGACUUGGUUGCAGAUGUCAUUCUAAAAAAGUCAAAGGCUUGCUUCAGUCAGGCCACUGAAGUUAUACAGCUGAAAUUACAUUGUGCCAUUACAUUAUCUCACUAACCCAAUAAUCUCCAGUAGCUGUGAAAUGUACUUGGAUGUAAAGCUUAAGAUUUGAAACGCUCAUUUUGGUGUAAGAAAUUGCACAAACAGUGUCAGUGCUCUCCCUUUGCUUCCUAAGUUUAGUGGUGAGUGCUGCAUGUUCACAAAUAUUCACCAAUCUGUUCUAGGGCACAGGAAUAAGAAAGGUCAAUUCUUAAAAAGGGUUGGAUUCUCAUUUAAAUGCACAAUCCAUGAUCCAUGUAAUGUUCCAUCCUCAAAGCAUCUGGUGCAGGAAACUAACAACAAAAUUAUAAUUGUUAAAGUCAUUAUAGAAGCCAUUUGGGGACUUUAUUAAGAUGAUCGUGUAAACUUGAAAAUGAAAAUGCAACUAACAACUAAAUCAAAAAUCAGUACAUCAAUACAUUCUCACUCUAAAUAUAUAAUUGUGAGAACAAACCUAAAAGAUUAGAUAUACUACUUAACAACAAAAUAAACAUGACUUGAGGAAAUAUAAUGAAAUAAACUCACUCAACACACUCAGGAAUAAAAGUUUGUUCUCAGUAUUCUACCAGAAAAUAUGCCACAAAAUAAUCUUCUUGUCUGUAUUUGUAGGUGUCUCAUAUGUUUAUUUGAUUGAAUGAAAUCAAGUUAAGAACAAACAGGAAUGAAAUUGGACAGAGGAAACCUAAGGAGUAUUUACAUUUAUCAUCCACUUGGGUUCAUGUCAGCUGUGUUUACAUGUUUGUUUUCAUUCGGUUCAUUAUCACUCAGUCACUAGCACAAAGCAGCAUCUAAUAAAGUGCCGCUUUUAGGUAGAUAGCUGUAAGCAGUUUAACUGUAUAAAAGGGGGAUAACCACAAUGCCAAUUUGGAAUUUUCUAGAAGCUCUCCAGUCCUAAGAAGGGUUACCUCCUCUGCUCAUGUGACAAGAAGCAGAUUAUCAUUUUUAAUGAGGUCAGAGCAUCUGCUGCUGUUGUAGGUCAGGAUAACCAGCAGAGAGGGGCUUCCCCAGCUGCCUGCCAAACAGCAGUCUGUGAGCUCUGACUCGGACCUGUCCAGCCAGCAGGUCACUCGUACGCAGUCACAGGUCAGUUUAAUCAAGUUUCACCGGAACAGGCAGGAAUUGGUUACGGUUACAAGGUAGUAAAUAAAUUAAAGAUGCCCACAAAAAAGAAAAAAACAACACAGAGAGCAGAGGAGGAAACCAAAGAUGUAGAUGACGAGGACUCGGAGGAUCAGAAACCAAAGCCCAAGAAGAAAAGUAGAAAGGUGAGUGAGUCAGACAAUGAAAGACUGAGGAAGAAGAAGUUUAGAGACAAUGAUGAAGAAGGAUACAAUUCUGACACAUCAGGGCCUGAUGUGAGGAGAAGCAAGACAAAAGGAAGAGAUAAAGAAAAGGUCAAGAAUAAGAGGAAGAAAGCCAAAGAGGAGAGCGGGGAUGAAUUGAGCAGUGAGUCGCAGAAUACAGAUAAUGAAGGUAAGGACAAUGACUCCAAGAGUAAAAAGAGAGGGGUGGAACUCCCUGAUGUGAUUGAGACCACUAAGAAAGGCUCAAAGAAAUCCUCAGUCAAAGACAAGAUGGGUUCAAAGGAUAAAAAAUCCAAAGAUGAAGACAAAAAAUCCAAGAAGAACUCAGAGAAAGAGGAUGAACCUGCAGCUGGGGAUGAAGAGGAGGGGAAAAAGAAAAAGAAAGAAAAGAAGAAAAAAGGUUCGGUGAAGGGGGACAGUGACGAAGACACCAAUAAGACGAAAGGCAAGAAGAAGAAGGUUGAAAAUUACGUUAAAAUCUAUGAGAGUGAGCUCCGCAACUACCAGCCAGAAAAAGUGGAGAACUACGAGGACGAGUACCACAAAAAGAAAGUGUAUGAGGUUGUGACCAUCACUGGUGAUGAGAGAGGGGCAGGCACUGACGCCAACGUCUUUGUCACUCUGUUCGGAGAAUAUGGCAUCACUCCCAAAGUCCACCUGGCCAGCAAGAGUCGCACAGCCUUCGAAAGAGCCAAAACUGAUGUGUUCAGAAUUAGAACUCACAAUGUUGGGCCUUUGAAAAAGAUAAGGAUUGAGCACGACAACACCGGCCUGAACCCCAGCUGGUUCCUGGACAGAGUGGUGGUGACGGAUGUGAUUAGGCCUCACUUGAGGUUCUACUUUGCUUGUAACAACUGGCUCAGUAAGACAGAGGGAGAAAGCCUUUAUGUGAGAGACCUGCUGGGCAGCAUGGACCCCAUGGACAUCCCCAAAUAUAAUAAGUAUGUGGUGAGUGUUUUCACUGCAGAUGUAAAAGGCAGUGGAACAGAUGCAGAUGUCUUCAUCAACAUCUUUGGGGAGUUUGGAGACACAGGGGAGAGACAACUUGACAAUGACAAAAAUAACUUUGAAAAAGGCACAGAGGACAAGUUCACCAUUGAUGCACCAAACUUGGGCAAAGUGAGGAAGAUCACGAUUGGCCAUAAUAAUAAAGGCUCCUCAGCAGGAUGGUUUGUGGACAAGGUGGUUGUGGAUGAUCUGGGAAACAAAGUAGUGUAUGAAUUUCCAGUUAGUCGUUGGUUUGCCAUCGACGAGGAUGACGGGAAGAUCCAGAGGGAUGUUUUGGUCGGCGGGAGCCAGCCCACAGGUAUUGUGUACAACGUCCAGAUUGUGACAGGAAACAUCCGUGGUGCUGGGACCAACUCCAAAAUCCACAUCGUGAUGCACGGCUCAAAGGGCUUGAAGAACAGUGGCAAGGUGUUUUUGGAGGGAGGAAAGUUUGAGCGGGGCCUGACAGACAUCUGUAACGUUGAGCUUGCCGCGCUCCUCAGUCCCCUCAGCAGAGUCACCAUUGGACAUGACAACGGAGGACUCAGUGCUGGAUGGUUCUGCGAGAAGGUGGUGGUGUACUGUCCGUUCACAGGGAUUGAGCAGACUUUCCCGUGCAGUAAAUGGCUAGAUGAGAAGGAGGGAGACGGGCUGAUAGAGAGGGAGCUCUACGAGAUGGUCUCUCUCAGACAGAAGAGGCAGAAAAAGCACCCCUGGUCGUUGUGGAUCUGGACGUCAGAUCUGGCCAAUGCAGGAACCGACGCAGAAAUCUCUUUCCAGGUGUACGGGGAGAAGGGCAAGUCGGACGAGAUCAGGCUGGACAACAAAACCGACAACUUUGAACAGGGACAGGUGGACAGGUUUAUGGUUGAGCUGCCUGAUUUGGGAAAAUUGACCAAACUCCGUAUCUGGCAUGAGAAGAGAAGUCCUUUUGCAGGAUGGCAUCUCAGCAAGGCAACUCUGAUGAAGACAUUAACAAAGGAGAAGUAUAUGUUCCCUUGUGAGCGGUGGCUGGACACCAGUGAAGAUGAUAACGAGGUUGUGAGGGAGCUGCCUGCCACCGGGGAACUGAUCGCUGAGCCACUGCCCUUGUUAAAAUACAGAGUGACAGUUUGCACCGGGACCUUGAGCGGCAGCGGCACAGAUGCCUCCGUUUUUCUCAAUCUGAUCGGAGACCAAGGAGACACUGGAGAUCGGGAGCUGGUCAUCUGCAAAAACAACGUCAACAAGUUUGAGAAAGGAAAUAUGGAUGAGUUCAUAGUCGAGGCCGUAGCCAUCGGGCAGGUCCGCAGGGUGAGGAUUGGACAUGAUGGCAAAGGUGGAGGCUGCGGCUGGUUCCUCGAUAAAGUGAUCGUAAGGGAGGAGGGACAGGCGGAGGCCCACGCUGUAGAGUUCCCCUGCAACAGGUGGCUGGACCGCAAUGAGGAUGAUGGACAGAUUACAAGAGAGUUAGUGACGUUCUCAGAUGGACAGCGUCUUUACAACCUUGAUUAUCACAUCGCGGUGAAGACAGGCAACAUCCCCGGGGGCAGUUCAGACUCUAAUGUGUUCGUCAAGCUCUACGGAGAGAAAGGCGACACCAGUAAGAUGAUGCUGGUGGUCUCUGCCAACAACCUGGGGAACUACUUUGAGACGGGCCGCGUUGACAUCUUCAGAGUGGAAACCUUUGAUAUUGGACAGAUUAACCGUCUGAUGAUUGGCCACACCAAUGAAGGCAUGCGUGCCGGCUGGUUCUUGGACAGCGUUCAGAUUAUGGUUCCAGUCCACGGGAAGCAUUACAUGUUCCCCAGUCACCGCUGGCUUUGCAAGGAUGAGGCUGACGGCAAGACGGAGGUGGAGAUUUACCCCAGCGAGAUCCUGGACAUGCAUCAGCUUAUUAACUAUGAGGUAACAGUGGUGACUGGAGAUGUGAUGUUUGCUGGCACCAAUGCCAGAGUGUUCAUCCAGAUCUUUGGGGACAAGGGGAAGACUGAGGUUAUCAUGCUCGAAAGCAGAUCCAACAACUUUGAGCGUGACACCACAGAAAUAUUCAAGAUAGAGGCCAAAGAUGUGGGAAAGGUCUUCAAGAUCCGCAUCGGUCACGAUGGCUCAGGGAUAGGAUCCGGCUGGUUCCUGGAGUCAGUGGACGUCAAACAUUUAAUCAUGGCCUUGGUGACCAAAGAGAAGAAGAAGGAGGACAAGAAAAAGAAAAAGAAGAAGAAGACAGACGAGGAAGGUGAGGACGAAGAGGGAGGAGAGGAGAUGCAGGAGGUGGUGCUGACGUAUCAUUUCCCCUGUUCGCGCUGGCUGGCCAGGGGAGAGGAGGACGGCGAGCUGGUGGUGGAGCUGCUGCCUGAGGAUUCAGAGGAGCUGGAAGUCAACACAUACGAAGUGUGCGUCUUCACUGGCGACAUGCUGGGGGCUGGGACCGACGCCAACGUCUUCAUUAAUAUUUACGGAGAAAGCGGUGACACCGGAGAGCGCUACCUGAAGAACUCUGACAACCUCAACAAAUUUGAGCGGGAGCAGGAGGAUGUUUUCACCGUCACGGCUAUUGAUCUGGGCCCUCUGAAGAAGCUACGAAUCCGCCACGACAACACCCAGCCUCAUUCAGCGUGGUACCUGGAUCGCGUCGAGAUAGUGGACACAAAGGAUGACACAACGUACUACUUCCCCUGCAACCGCUGGCUUGCAGUGGAUGAGGACGAUGGGCAGAUAGCGAGAGAGCUGGUGCCUGUGGAUGAAGCCUUCAUGAGGAAGGAUGAGGAUGAGGAGGGGACGGGCGCGACGCUUGGACUGGAGCAGAAAUCCAUGUCUACUACAUAUACUAUUAGAAUAAAAACUGGAGAAAAGAAGUAUGCUGGAACUGAUGCCGACGUCUUUGCCAUCCUGUUUGGUGAAAAUGACGACACAGGGAUCAUCAACCUAAAGGCUUGUAAGACCUAUAAGAAUAAGUUUGAACAGGGGAUGAUCAAUGAGUUCACUGUGGAGGCGGUGGACUUGGGCGACCCGGAAAAGCUUCGGAUUGGGCACAACAACUCAGGGGGUUCGCCUGGUUGGUUCUUGGACUGGGUCGAGAUUAACGCCCCCUCGCAGGGUCAGAGACUACGCUUCCCGUGUGGCCGCUGGUUGGACAAGGGAAAGGAUGAUGGGGCGAUAGUGAGGGAUCUCUAUCCUGCUGAGCUGCAGACUGAACUCUACACGCCAUUUGUGCCUUACGAGAUAAAGAUUUACACCAGUGAUGUGUUUGCCGCGGGAACAGACUCUGAUGUGUUUAUAGCCUUGUACGGACAUAAGGGAGUGUGCACACAGCAGAAACACCUGUGUGUCAACAAGAGAGAGAGACGUCUGUACUUUGAGAGGGCAGCUGAGGACAUGUUUAUUGUGGAGUUGGAGGAUGUAGGCGAUGUUAUAGAGAAAAUCAGGAUAGGACACGACAACAGGGGCACCAACCCGGGAUGGCACCUCGACAGAGUGGAGAUCAGGCGACAGCUCAGGAAAGGAAAGGGUUCAGAGACGACCAUUUUCCCUUGUGAGUGCUGGCUGGCCAAGUCUGAAGAUGAUGGGGAGACGGUGAGGGAGCUGGUCCCCUCGGACAUCAUCACACAGAAACUCCUCAGGGAUGGGAAGCUGAAAACAACUGAAACAGAGGUGGAGGACGCUUUGGAAACUCACACAUACAAGGUGUCCGUGCGGACAGGUGAUAUGUACAGAGCUGGUACUGACGCCGAUGUUUUUCUCACCAUCUACGGCGACCUGGGAGACACAGGAGAGCGAAAACUCGCCAAAUCUGAGAACAAUAAAAACAAGUUUGAGAGAGGAGAGGUGGACAAGUUCUCCAUUGAAGCUGUGGAUCUGGGGCAAGUGUUUAAGAUUCGCAUUCGUCACGACAACUCCAAAAUGGGGGCUGACUGGUACCUGGACCAAGUGGAGGUGCUGGACCUGGAAACAGAAGAGGUGUACAUGUUCCUGUGUGAGCGCUGGCUGUCGACGAAGAAAGAGGACAAACGCAUAGAGAGGACCUUCUUCGUCAAGGGAUAUGAAGGUGAAAGACACAUUGAUCCAAAUUCCAUGAAGAUGGCUCAGGCCAAAUUGGGCCUGGACAGAAAUGCCAACAAGAAGAAAAAGAAGAAAAAGGUGGCUGUGGUGGAAGAAGGUCCAAUCAUCCCCUAUCACUUCACCUUGUCUACGGGGAUGGACCGUGAUGCCAGCACUACAGCCAGGGUCUAUGUCAUCAUCAUCGGCCCCAACGAAGUCGAGACGGACAGAUUGUGGCUGGACCUGCCGGAGGGAAAGAAAGCCUUCACAGCUGGCACCAUGGACCACUUUGUGUGUUAUGGAACUGACGUAGGAGAGAUCAAGAGGGUGGAACUCGGCCAUAACGGUGUCACACCAGAGAGCUGCUGGUUGGUGGAUGAGCUGUCGGUUGCCGUGCCAACCAAAGGUAUCAAGUACAUCUUUCCAUGUAAGUGCUGGCUUGCUAAAGACAGGGGAGAUGGUCUGACUGCCAGACUGUUCAAUGUGCUGGACUCCAGCACGAUCAACAUUAUCCGCAAAGUUAUUUAUUCGGCCACAGUUGUCACAGGUGACACGCAGGAGGCAGGGACUGAUACCAACAUUUUCCUAACUGUGUUCGGAGCCAAUGGGAGCACAGAGGAAAUGCUGCUUCCUAAAAAUGAGGACAGGUUUGAAAGAGGCCAAGAAGACACGUUCAGCCUGGAGAUAGAUGACAUUGCUCCUCUUAAAAAGAUCAGAGUUCGGAUUGAUGGCAGUGGGAGUCGUCCCGACUGGUUUCUUGACAGGAUCCUGAUGCGGAACCUGACCACAGAGGAAGUGUAUCUGUUUACCUACGAGAACUGGCUGUCAAAGACCAAAGGGCCAAAGAGGACGAAGGUGUGUGAGCUGGCAGCUGUGGUGGACGAGGAGGACAUGGUGGAGAAAACAACUUACAUCAUCCAAGUCCAGACCAGUGACGUCGGAGGUGCCGGCACUGAUGCCAACGUGUUUGCGAUCGUGUUUGGGGAGUACGGGGACACUGGGACGCUGCCUCUGAAGGAGAGCACCAACAGGAACAAGUUUGAGCGUAAAAUGAAGGAUGUGUUCAGAUUUCCUGACAUGCUCAGUCUGGGUGAACUCUCCAAGGUUCGAGUGUGGCAUGAUAACAAAGGCCCUGCUCCUGGUUGGCACCUGGAGUACAUUGACGUGAAAGAUGAGGCCAUGGACGAGACCUUUAGGUUCCCCUGCGACCGCUGGUUGGCUAAAAGUGAAGACGAUGGGCAGAUUAUGAGGGAGCUGGCCUGUGCCAACAACGACUCUAUAGACCUCAGUGACAAAACCAAAUAUGAAAUUGCCACAACAACUGCGAACACAGACGACGCCUCCACCACGGAAAACGCCUGGAUCGUGUUGGAGGGAAGGAAAGCUCGUUCCAAGGAGUUUGUUCUGGAGAAUAAGAAAAAGAAGUUCUUAUGUGGUGCCACUGACACGUUUGAGUUCUCGUCCAAACACGUGGGGGAGAUCGCCGGCAUCUGCCUCGGCCACAUAACGAAAGACAGCAAGAAGGUCAAGAGUGAAGCUUUCUGGCAUGUCAUGGAGGUGGUGGUGACAGAGAAGGAGCUGGGAAACAAAUAUUUCUUCCACUGUGAUGCACAAAUCCCCCUGGCAGCCAAAAAGGACCAGUUCCUUACAUUUGAGUGCUACAAGUCCAUUGAGAGUUUCGCAAGCAAAGUCCGCAACCUGGUUCCCGUCAAGUACGAGAUCAUCGUCAUCACCGGGGAUGUCAAAGCUGCCGGCACAGACGCCAACGUUUUCAUCACCAUCUACGGCGUCAACGGUGACUCGGGCAAGCGGCAUCUGCGGCAGAAGUUCCGCAACCUUUUUGAGCGGGGGCAAACGGACCGCUUUGUUCUGGAGAUGCUGGACCUCGGGGAGCUGCUGAGGGUCAAAGUGGAGCACGACAACAGCAGGUCCAACAGUGGGUGGUACUUAGAGUGCAUUGAGGUGACCAACACAGCCAACUCUGUCACAACCAUCUUCCAGUGUGGAAAGUGGCUGGACAAUCAUAAGGCCGACGGGCAGAUUCAGCGAGUGCUCUACCCCAGAUAUUAGGAGGGAGGACAUGUGAGACGAAGAGUGGGUGAGCAUCUCCUUUAGAGACUUGUUUUUUCACUGCAUGUCAAAUAAGCUUUGUGAUGAAAAAAGACUGAAAUUAACAGCCCUGAAUGUAGCUGUAUGUCAACUUUUAAAGGGUAACACUAGUGUUCUUUUUUUAAGGUUGUGCCAAGUGUUUAGGUUGAGCCCUCUUCCAAUUUCAGAAAAUCACAUUUGCCUACCAUCUUUUCUUGUACAAUUUCAAAAAUAAACUUGAAUAUUGCCUAAAAGCCCUAUUACAUUUAGUCUUAACACUCUGCUUAUUGUAAAUCACUCACGUACAGAUGGAAAAGAAAGCCAGGAAAUAACUCUACAAACCUUCAUCACUUAAAAAGUCCUAAAUGCCAUUUACAUAGGUCUUAAAUAGACAGUAGACAGUAACAUUAGCUGUAACUUUUAUUUUACAUCUAUAAGUUACAAGUGAGACAGUGGAUUAUGCAUUCAGGUGGCUUUUUGUUAGUUCUUUUGUUUUACAGUAUGUUGAAGCGUGUUAUUACUAUUUAUUAUUAUUGUUGAUGCUAGCCACAGGUUAUUUAUUUGCUAAUCUACCCAUUAAUUUUCUGCCACUUAUCUGGGUCCAGGUCCAGUUAAUUAUAUUCCUAAAAAUUAUAGUUAUAUACAGCUGGGAAGUAAUUGCACAGAAAUUAGAUAUAAAUGGAGGACAGAAGAAAUGUAAACUAGAAAACCAGUAGAAGGGCUGAAAUGUAACUUGAAAUGAGGAAUCUAUUCAUUUAAUUCAUUCUUUAUUUAACUAUUUUGACACAAAUUUUACUAUUUACAUAUUAUUUGAACAUUACAUUCUGACAAAGCAUAUUCUUAUUUUAUAUGAAUUAUUUACUUUGCAAAUAUACCUUUUGUUUUGGGGACACAAAUGUGAUGUCACGUGACAAAUUAUAGCCCACAGAUAAAUGAUGUUUGAUGCUAUGCAGUAAUGAUUUAUUGGCCAAUAAUCAUUUUUUUAAAUAAACAUUGUUAGUCAGGAUCCUUUAAAUUAGUUCUGAGCAAGUCAUGUUCCAAGUAGGACAAUGAUAGUGUUUCUAAAUGAUUUCAAGCAUAUAAUUGACAUUGCUGUGCUGCAGUUUCUUGUUUUGUAAUAGCAGACAUUUACACUGA